UUUUGAUGAUUAGCCUAAUGACUACACACAGGACUCUCUCCCUCCGCAGUCCCCGCAUUUUGAUGUUAGAUGAGGAUGUAGGCGUGGCCAGCGCGAGCGCGCACCUUCUCUUCUGCACAGUGCGCGUGGAGAGGAAAGGAAAGGGUUAACGGCGCUUUUCUCUCACGGACGACCCUAAAGCGUGCUGUGUAGCGUUGCUCCCCUGUUCUCUAUCGCUCUAUCCUCUCUUCCUUCACAGGCUGCUCCUGCGCUCCCAGCCCGAGGAGGAGGAGGAGGAGGUGGAGGACUCCACCUGGCAGGCGAACACCUUCACGGCAUGGAUGCGUUAAAAUCCGCCGGCAGGGCCAUCAUCAAAAGUCCGGGAGUUCCGCGGCACACAUGGGGAACCUCCAAGCACGAAAAGCUUCCAGAGAACUGGACGGACACUAAGGAAACCCUUCUAGAGGGGAUGGUGUUUAAUGUGAAGUACCUGGGCAUGACGCUGGUGGGCCAGCCUAAAGGAGAGGACAUGGCGGCUGCUGCCAUCAGGAGGAUUGUCACUACGGCUCGUGCCAGUGCAAAGAAGUUUCGGAAGGUGACCCUCACUGUCUCUCCUAAAGGCAUCAUCAUUACAGACACAGAAACCAGCGACCUCAUCGAGAAUGUGUCUAUUUACAGAAUAUCCUACUGCACAGCUGAUAAAACUCAGGAUAAGGUGUUCGCCUACGUCUCACAGAGUCAGUUCAAUGAAACCCUGGAGUGCCAUGCCUUCCUCUGCCAAAAGAAGAAAAUUGCCCAGGCAGUCACCCUGACAGUGGCACAGGCGUUUAAGGUGGCUCUGGACCUCUGGGAGAUUGCCCAAGAAGACAAAAGUAAGAAGGCUCACACAUGUUGUUCAAGCAGUGACCCUCAGGUGGAACCCAAACCUCACUGUGACUCAGAGGCUGAGAAAGCCCAGGCUCUGAUGGAACACAAGUUGAGGAAGCCCUGCCUCUCCACUUCCAUCCAUUCACCAUCUCCACGCAAUAAUCCUGCCCGGAGACGGCCAAUCAAACACGACUCCUGGGAUGUGGAAGAUGGCCUCGAUGAUGCAUUUUCAAGCAAUAUGGAGGUGGAGGAGAUGGACACAGGUAAGUGAGACUGGCGGAGUCCCGCUCCAGAACGGUGUCUGAGGAUGCAGCUGUGAGCCCACUGGAAGAGGACCUUGUUUCUCUCAGCAGUGAAGAGUCCGCUUAAACACACAUACACACACUCUUACACAGACUCUCCAGCCUGUCAAGAACCCUCAUCCAACACUACAAUACUCAGCACUUCACUCAAAGUACUCUUCAAACACACUUCUGGAGUGCAGAGGAGAACACUGCCCUUUAUCUCUGACUUGAAAGGUGUAGAAGAUGCAUCAUUCACUAUAAACAAAAAAGUACCAAACAAAUGGCAGCAACAAAAGAGCCCCUUACAUGUCUUCUUUUUUCUUCCUGCAGUCAAAGCCUAGCCAUCUAUCUGUGUUCUCCCAUCUCGAGCCUAGAUCUGCUCUGCAGCACUCGACAUCAAAGUACUUUUUUGGUUCUUACAUUUCCAAUAAUCUCUUAAGACCCUGGGGCUGGUGUUGUACUGCUAAAUGUCCUUUUUGAUAAGCCCAUAUUGAUUCAAAAGAAAAUUGCACAGGUCUUAUCAAAACACAAAGAUGAACAGACUGCAGAGCUCUGAGCUCACACAUCUUGAAAGUAAAGAUCUUUUUUUUGGUGGUCAAGUAAAACUGGACCAUAUUGUAGGUCUGUAUGCAGUUGUAUUUAUAUAAACCCUUAAAUUCUGUAAAAUUUACAAAUUUACUGUUGCAUUUCUAACAACUUUUAUAUUUUGUGGUAAUUUUAAUUAGCUUCCAAAAACACUGCAUAUUGUCACUGUCCAAAAAAACCCAAGUAUCUCCAAAAUGUUUAUUGCUUCCAAUGUAAGUUAAUGUAAAGAGAUUUUAUUCCAAGCAUUUCUGUUGGUCCAUUCAUCAUUAAAAUGUGCUCGAAUAAAGAUCGACAGAAAUGGAGACGUGUUUUUUUGGACAGCAAUUAUACAAAAUCUGUGAUUGCUGAUUAUCCACCAAGUUUACUGGCAAAACUUAUUGUUCCUAUGUGAGAACAGUAAUAGAAUACAGUCAGAGAUGUCACAGUGCUCAGAUGGCUGUAAAAUGCUCGUUGUACCCGUAAAUACUGAAAAACAGCACCAGCCUUAGUGAUAAGGUUAAUAACACUGUGUCAAGAGUUCUGUCCGUUUUCCAUCUCUGGAACUUAAACCUCAUGGUGGUGACACAGACUUAUUUAUCAGGCUAACAGGGUAACUGGUAACUGCACAAUGUCGCAGGGGAACAACACAGAAGACACAAAGGUUGCUCCUUUGGCAGUAAAGCAAUGGCAAAGUCUCAGGUGUGGCAGACCAGAGUGAUUCCUAAAGAAAACGUUAAGAAAGGACUUGUCAUCUGUGUGUUCAUAACUGUUAUUUGUAAAUUGUUUGUAUGUGUAAUUACGAUGAAUAGCAGCAGGGUUUUAUAGUACUAGUUUGUUCAUUUGAAUUUUGCAGUGUCUGCUUGCCCUAAAGCUGAGCCCUAUAUACAGUUUUGCAAAAUCUGAUUGCUUGCUUUACUGAGGUUGGAACAUGUACAAUAUAAGCACUCUCCAUUGCAAUAAAUCUAUGUUUUAGUAGUUUUACAUAUUUCAGAAUAGGGAUCCACGAAUCCCACCUUUUCUCUCCUGAUAGUGAUUCUGAUACCUGAACAGUGGGUAACAGGAAAAACCUAUGACAAAGCUACUAACAAAGUAGGGCUGGCCCGAAUGAUUUGAAUACUCAAGUAUUUAUUACGUUACGUACCUCAACACUCAUAUGACUCAUCUUUUUGACUCAGCGACAAAAUGUGUAACUCAAACUACAGUUCAUCAUAAAAAGCCUUUAGAUUAGAACAAUAAAAUAAAUACAUUAAAUUUGGCUAGUUGAAUGCAUCAUAAAUUCCCUGUCAACUCACCUCAGAAUGCAGCAAACUGCACCCCUUUCAACGUGGCCAUUGAAGAUAAAAAGAGCGAAGGUGCCUGAUAAAUCACGUGUGGAGCACACAGCCUCUGAAUUAGCUCCAUCACCUAUCUACCUCAGGCAGGGAAUAUAAGCUCUCAUUUCUCCUUUACUUUUUUUUUUUUACAGCAGGUAUAGAACUUGUCAGCACAAAGAGCAAAUCUAUUUGUUGCGACAAAAUCACAAUCACUAGUUUUACUGCUGCUGUUAUCAGAGAACAGAAGCCUCCACACAUAAGAUCCACCCUAAGAUCGUCUUAUUUUAGAAAAGUAUUAUUUUAUUGUUACACAAAUAAAACAGUAGGCCAAAAACAUACGGAAUGCACAAACAUGAACGCAAAUGCUUUUAGGCUAUACAAACACGAUUUAGUUGUUGUGUGCUAAAAUGUGUCAAGAUGCAAUUCGUAAUGUAACAUAAGCACAAGCUGCAUUCUGAACAUUCGUGCGUUUGCAAAGCAUUGGCAAGGCAUUGUCAUUUGUGUUCAUAUAUUUGUACGGAGUAUGUUUCUGGCCAUAGACUCCAUGUGUUUAAAAAAAUGGAUAGGUUGAAAGUUCUUGAAUUUUGAUGGAUGUUAGAUGCGUGUCUAGCGCAGCAGAUGUGGACAGAAAAACUGAUUAAAAUGGAAGUGUGGCUAUUCCUAAACUUUAAAUACUAUUCUUUGUAAGGGUGAUUUUGAAAAUGAACAUUUAAAUACUGGUUUGGAAACACCAAUGAGUAUUCAAAGUCUGUAAAAUUCAGGCCAGCCCUAUUACUGAGUAAUGCACUAUUACUAAUUUUUGAUGACCAUAACUAUUAAACUGUAUCUCGACCUGUUUAAAAAGUCAGUAACCGAUACUGAUGUUAAUACUGACCCAGUAUGUCGGUAGAUGAAGGGCAUUCUUUUCCAUUUCCACAAGAAAGCAAUAGGUGCAAAAUCCAUCUGCUGGCCACACAGUGAAAGCUCUUCAUUUCUCCCUGUCUCUCUGUCCUCUCUUUAAGUCCAAGGUCAAUCCAGAAUGAAAAAUCAAUAUAUUCAAAUUUCUUCAUUUUCUUCUGUAGGUGCAAAAGUUCAUGCAGGAGGUUCCACUUCUCGCUUACUUCUUCUUUUUUGCAAUAUGUUGAUAGAUCUAGAUGUGAGUCCUACUUGAAGCUUGUAUGAAAGACCAAAUUUAUGUCUUUUUUCUUUGGCAGUUUUAUUGUAUUGUUUUUACAAAGUUAUUUGAAUCUUUUUUAUAUGUCUAACAUACAUAUACAUUUGUGAUUAUACUUGUCCCCCCUUUAGAUUAAUUAUGUUGAAUAUGCUCUUAAUGUCUCUGUUAUUUGUUUUUUUAUUGUCAGCUAUGUUAACUUAUUAAUAUUAAGAGAUUGGUUUUCUACCAGCUUGUCAAAGAUAUACAUCAUGUCAGAGUAACAUUACACAAGUAAUAAAUGUUUAUAUAUAUGUACAGAAUAUAAAGUAAUUAAUUUGUGAUGUAAGCUCUCUGCUUGGAGAAGCUGGAAUGAUUCCUUAUAUCUUUUCAUUUCUCAUCUUAUUGAUAUGUGUUUUCAUUUUUCCUAUAAGAUAUUGUGGAACAUUGCUAAGGAUGGUGCUUAUUUUAAAAUAUCUAUGCAAAGUUUAAAUUUCUACAAAUGUAAUAAUGAUUGCCUAACCAUCAGUGAUCUAUUGUAUAGGGAGCUUAAUCUGGUGUACAGUAAGAAAACAAUAAAUGAAACCACUGACAUUU